AUGAAUAUUCUAGUAUCUCAUAUGCAACUGGUGCAUUGCAAGGUUGAGGACAAGGAGUCACAAUUUGCUUGUGAGAUAACUUUUGUAUAUGGGAUGAAUACUCAACAGGAAAGACAAGAGCUAUGGAGAAUAUUAAAGCAAAUUAACAGUUCUAUCACAGAACCUUGGAUGGUGAUUGGAGAUUUUAAUGCAAUUCUUUCUGUGCAUGAUAGAGUUAAUGGGCUACCAGUAAAACAAUCAGAGAUGGAAGAUUUCCAAAAUUGCAUUCAAGAAAUUGGAUUGGGUCAACUAAGUAAAAAAGUGUGUACAUACUCAUGGUGUAAUAAAAGAGGGGAAAAGGAAAGAAUCUACAGCUUGAUUGAUUGGGCAUUUGGAAAUGACUUAUGGUUUAUGAAGUAUGGAAAACUGGAAGCAUACUAUCAUAUCUCGGAAUGUUCAGAUCACUCUCCAAUUAUAAUCAGAACAGAAGUGGCCAAGCAAAAACUGCCAAGGCCAUUCAUAUUAGUCAAUGUGCUAUUAUCCCAAGAGAGUUUCAAAGAAGCAGUACAUAAAGUGUGGGAACAGCAGGUGCAGGGACAUACCAUGUAUUCAAUCUGGAGGAAACUGAAGUUUAUAGAAAUAGAGACACCCCAGAUGAACAAAGAAAUGUCAAUGUUGGAGAGGAAGAUCAGUGUACUGGAAGAAGAACUGAAACAAGUACAGCUAGACCUAAGUGCAGACUUGUUCAAUGAACAGCUUAUAACAACUGAAAAAGAGAUCCUAAUGCAACUAGAUAAAUGGGCAACAAUACAUGAACAAGUGAUCCGACAGAAGUCAAGAGCAACAUGGCUAGCAUAUGGUGAUUCAAAUACGAGAUUUUUUCAUGCAGCAUUGAAAGCAAGACAAGCGAGAAAUAGAAUUUCAUCAAUUUGCACAGAAGAUGGCGUUUAA